AUGCAGAGCGGUGCCUUUGAAUGCCGGUUGGGCAAUGAGACAUGGAAUCCUGCCGAAGGGCAGUCAACGGGUAUCAAUCACGUUGAGAUAUGGUAUAUACCAGUCGGGGAAACCCAUGCUUCGACAUCCUUCGAUACGAGCUCCGAUACGGAGACUUUUCCAUGGCACUUCUAG